GUUGUAAGGAAUAACUGGCGGGAAAAUGUAAAUUUUGACCUUGUGGUGGUUUAAAAUCGUCACGUUAGCCACUCCAAAUCCAGCUUUCCAAGUUAUAUGAAUCUGAAUCUUUCAUGAUCACUGAUAGUUUCAUACUGACAUUUUAACUAAAAGUCAGAUUAUUGGAUCGGUUGCUCACCUCUGCUUUUGUUUUUUUUUCAAUUCUCCCUAAUUUCGCAACUUCGCAUGUUUCAUUCGUACACAAGUUACCUUCGAGCCAGAUUCGAACCUAUGCAGUCCCGUACAUGAAAUGACACUCACGAGUGUUUAUUGACGAUGCAAGCAGGCUUCAGCCCAUUAUAGCGGUAUUUUCAUUACCAAAACGUGGCACCGAUUUCCACAACUUCAGUCAUUUUAUUCAACAUAAUGUCUAUUUAUUUACGAAUUAAACGUUCAAAUACUGAUUGUCCUAAUGAAAUUUAUGAAGCUGAAAAUCUUAUAAAACGUUCUAAAGCUCACCGUCAAUCAAUUCAAUUCAAAUAUAUCGGUAGUCAAACAACUUCAAAUUGUUCAUUAAUUAGUAAAAUUGAUAAAAUCUGUUCAUCAUCUGAUAAAUCAUGUAAAAUAAUAUGUAAUACUACAGAUGCUACUGUUGUCGAUGAAAAUCAAACAAUCAAAUGUCAGGUCAAAGUGAACAAUUUAAAACGUCCUGCUUGUAUUGCUGGAAUUUUUGAUGAUUUCACUCAAUUAAAUAUUACUGAUUCAAAGAAAACAUCUGUUGUCGGACCGAAUCCACCGAAAAUUUUCAAAAUUAUUGAAUUAACACCUGAACCAGUGAAUGAAUUGAAUUCAUCAUCGGAAACAAACACUCCAAAUAGUUCGUCAGUUCAAUCAGAUUGUAUAUAUGACAUUUAUAAAAUGAUCUCAACAACAACGUCAUCUUUAUCAUCACCGUCACGGUCAUCGUCGGAACAAACAACCACAGCCACAAGCACAACAAUUUGGUGUUCCAAUGAUCAAUUAACUCAUGAUCUAUUGUUGAUCAAGAAUGCUGAUAAUUACAUUAUUGAUGAUGAUUGGGAAUCAAAUGACUAUUAUCACACCACAACUGUUGACGGCGUUGAUGAUGAUGAUGAAGAUGAUUCGAAUAGUGAAUCAAAUUGGCGUAAUGAUUAUCCUGAUGAAAAAGAGUGUAGCAGUAGCAGUGGUAGCAGUGGUAGCAGCGGUCGUAGUUCAUCUAGGAAUUCAAAUUCAUCAUCAGCAUCAUCAUAUUCUUCCUCGAAUGGCAAUCGGAGUUGGAGGAGGAAUGAUAGAUAUUCAGAUUUCUAUUAUUAUUAA